AUGCCUUUAUCUACAGAACACUCCAAAAGAACUAGGAUCCGAUCACUUUCUUGCCAGAGAUGUCGUGCUCGUAAAAGCAAAUGUGACACAAAACUGCCUUGUGAAGCUUGCAGAAAAGAAGGUGUCGAAUGCAUCCGAAUAGUCAACGACCGGAGGAAGGAAAGAUAUUCUUCCGAGUAUACGGAGAGUUUGCAGAAGAAGAUCCAUUCUUUGGAAGGUGUUAUAGAAAACAUUCGAGAUCUCAUCAACGUUAAACAUGAUCACACGCUAGACACAGAUUCAAAAGAACACGAUCUGAAGUUUAAUAUUAAGUCACUAGGAGGUGAUAAGAAAGAAGAGCCUCUGCAAGUUUUGGACAACCAAACGUUGUCCGUCUACGGACCUACAAGCGUUUUCGAUAGUCAUUCAGUUGACGAAAGCAGUGAUGCCAACCACUUGGCGGAGAUUAAGGCCCUCCAGAGCGACCCUCAUAUCUUACAUUGUAUUAAGUUAUUCUUCAAAUGGCAGUACCCAGAUUUGAACUCUUUUGUGGUGAGAGAAGCAUUUCUUUUGGAAUUUUUCACUCCCAUGACGAAACCUGUCUACUGUUCAGCUGGUCUAGUAUUGGCUAUAUGUGCUUUGGGCUCAAGAAUGUCCGACGAUAUAGACAUUUUCAACAAGUCCUCUCGGUAUUAUCGUGAGGCCAAGAAAAUUGUCAUGAGCAGAUUCGAUAAGCCAACAAUCCCAACAAUGCAAGCAUAUUUGUUGCUUUCCGUUUUUGACAUCUCACAUGGGAACAAUUCAACAGGUUGGAUGUUGUCGGGGUGUGGAUUAAGAAUGGGAUUCGAUUUAGGUUUUCAAUUGGAUCCUACGGUAUGGUUUCUCAAAUCUAAUGGGGCUUUGAACGAUCUCAAUAUUGCUAUUCGAAGUCGCAUUUACUGGGGCUGUUACUUUGCAGACCAUUUUAUAAGUUUGGUUCUCGGUAGACCUUCAGUGUUGAAGAUUGCCGAUUCAUCAAUACCAGAAACAGGUUAUCUUCCAGACUUGGAUUGGAUUGCUGACUAUACCUACUUGAGUCCAGGAGCAGACCCAAAAGACAGGUCAACCAUUAUCGAUGUCUCGGAUCCCUUAAAACAUUUGGUCCGCCUAAUUAAUAUAUCAACUGAUAUGCUAAAUGAUGUUUUCACGCGAGAUGGAAGUCGCACGUUUGAUUGGAAGAAAAAGGUAGAAAUGUCCCAGCACUAUAAUAAUUCUAUCCUUCAAUGGCGGUCUUCUCUUCCUGAGAACCUUCAAUGGGACAGGCAAUCACUUCAAAUUUCUGGAGAGAAUCCUACGAAGAUGUUCCUAAGACAAUAUUACUACAUUUUGCUCUUGUGUCUCAAUCGACCAUUUUUAGAAGCAGCAAACCAGAGUAAGCUCGACCUACCCUCAGCUAGAAUAUGCGACGAAGUGAUUGAUGAUUUGAUGGUAUCUAUUGAGAGAUUUCGCGUGGUUCAUGGCCUACGAAAGUCGUCCAUUUUCAUUGUUUAUUGUUGCAUCUUAUCUGUAUCGGUAUUGCUCAUUUCCAGUUUGAAAAGUGGAAUGGAAGGAGAAACAGGGUGCAAAAUACAAUUUUACUUGAGUGCAUUGUAUCAUUGCUCAGAGAUUUGGCCACUUGCUGAGAAGUCAUUUAAACUUAUCCAGUCACAACUCGAAAAGACUUUUGAGGUUGAGGUUCGGAUUAGUAAUGGCGAGGUCAAGAUUGUGCUUCCGAGCCUGCCAGAAAUGGAUACAGACCACAAAAUCCUUCAUUUUUUGAAUGGCGAACAAAACCAAGAAACAAAAGACCAAGGAAUUGAAAAUUAUGAGCUUUUUGGAGGACCUCCAUUACUAUUGACAUCUGAUCUCCUUACGCAAGAAUACGAAAAUUUAUUCUCUACAUCAGUAUUAGGAUAUAGUGAUUAA